AUGCAGUUCACUGCAACCACAAAUCAUAGGAUUUACAUUUCUUCAAGGUGUGUAUUCAUAGUGUAUGCAGUUUUGGUUGGCUGUUCUUUGGCAACUCAAGUGCGCAUUGAUUGUUUCCCAGAGUUAGGCGCUAAUCAAGGCAAAUGUGAAGAGAGAGGCUGUACAUGGUUAAAUGCAGAGCAGGAUAACAGAAAUGAACCAUGGUGUUUUUUCAAAGAAGGUUUAGGUUACACAAAAGCAUCAACAAAUGGUUCGGUGAUUACUCUACAGAAAGAUGAGGCUGUCAAAAAUCCCUGGGCUACUGAGGAAAAUCCAGAUCUUCAGCAAAUAUUCUUUGCUUCGAGACUGCUUGGGAAAGUGUUAAACAUAAAAAUUAACGCACCUGAAAGAUACGAUCCGCCGACAGAUAUGUUUCCCAACCUACUGAAACCAUGGAAAGAGAAUUCUGGUCCAAUUCCGGAAAAUGCUUUUUCACUAACAACCAAAGGAGAGGGAGGGUUCUCCUUUACUGUGGCACGAGCAUCUACGAAUACAAUUCUUUUUGAUAGCUCUAUCGGUGCACUUAUAUUUUCCGACAAAUUCCUCCAAAUUGCUACAUCGCUUCCUUCGGAAAACAUGUUUGGAUGGGGAGAAAAUGUUCAUCUUAAACUCAAACAUGAUUUCACAAAGUGGACUACGUGGGCUAUGUUUGCUAGGGACGAACCUACAAACGCGCGCCAUGUAGGAACGAGAAAUGUUUAUGGUGUACAUCCAUUUUACAUGGUGAUUGAACCCGAUGGUAACGCUCAUGGAGUGUUAAUCUUGAAUAGCAAUGCUCAAGAUAUUACCACAGCGCCAGGACCAGCACUGAUUUAUCGCACAAUAGGAGGGAACCUCAACCUCUUCUUCUUUCCCGGACCAACACCUGAGGAAGUAACCCAGCAAUAUCUUGAAAUGAUCGGCAAACCCUUCUUGCCUGCAUACUGGGCGUUCGGAUUCCAAAUUAGCCGUUGGGGCUACCAUACUUUUGAGAAUCUGAAGAAGGUAAUUGAGAGAAAUAUUGAAGCUGGUGUACCUCUAGAUGUAGUAGUAUGUGAUAUUGACUACAUGGAUGAAAAUAGGGAUUUCACUGUUGGCAAAAAAUUUGAAGGACUUCCAGAAUACAUAAGUUCUUUGCGCAGCAGAGAAAUGCGAAGUGUGUUUAUGUUUGACCCUGCCGUUCCUGUGGAUUACGAGCCUUUUAAUAGAUCGCUCAAAGCGGGUGCACGAUUUGUAGAAUGGGAACGAAAGGAUCAAGUCAUGACAUCAGUUCAAGACCUUUACCCAUUGGCAAAAGACACAAAAAUAAUGCUUGGAGUAGUAUGGCCAAACGUCCAUGUAGCCUUUCCUGACUUUUUGGAUCCACACAAUAACACAAUGGCUUGGUGGAUCGAUGAGUUUAUAAAGUUCCAUGAUAAGGUCUCAUACGACGGUAUCUGGAUCGACAUGAACGAACCCGCUAACUUUGGAACGAAUGAAGAUAACCCUUUUUACUACACAGAUACAAGCCUAGCCCAUUCCAAAAUUCCUCCCCUUAAGUGCACAGUCGUGGGUGAGGGAUGGGAAUGGGAUGCACCACCGUAUCCUACGCACGCGGUAUUCAUAGACGAGGGGAGAUCGCAUCUAUGUUCGAAAACAUUGUGUAUGAACGCUGUGUUAGGUGGUGGAAAGCAGCGCUUCUAUAACGUGAAGAAUUUGUAUGGUCUUAGCGAAGCCAUAGUAACUUCGCAAGCGCAGUAUAAAGCUACAAAAAAGCGUGGAUUUGUAGUAUCAAGGUCUACAUUUGUUUCAAAUGGACACUAUGCUGGCCAUUGGCUUGGUGAUAAUUCGGCACAAUGGGAAGAUCUUCGCGCUGGGAUCAUCGGCGUUCAAGAAUUCAACAUGUUCGGCAUCCCAUACGUUGGAACAGACAUUUGUGGGUUCAAUGGCGAUACAAAUGAGGAGCUAUGUCUAAGAUGGCAACAAAUGGGCGCUUUUCAUUCAUUUAUGAGAAACCAUAAUGGUUUGAAAGAAGCGCCACAAGAUCCUGCUAUGUGGCGUUCUGUGACCUUAGCGACGAUAAAUGCAAAUCGUUUUCGUUAUAGCUAUCUGCCAUAUCUCUACAGCUUGCACUUCAACGCGUCCUUGUUUGGUGGAACUGUUGUCCGGCCUAUGUUUUAUGAAUAUCCAAAAGACAAAAUAACAUAUACGGAUACAGAUUAUCAGUUUCUAUGGGGGAGAUCGAUGCUCAUCGCUCCUGUUGUCUAUCAAGGAGCUAGAAGCGUACCUACAUACGUGCCUCAGGACGAGUGGUAUUCUCUUUACGUCUACAAGUACGGCCAAAGAAUCAAUAGUGGUAAACAAUACUUGCCGGCUCCAGCAUUUCAACAUAUCCCAGUCCUUGUGAGAGGAGGAUCAAUUAUACCACGUCAAAAACCUGAAAACACAACCGAUCAUACACGAAAAAAUCCUUUUGAACUACUUAUUGUUCCUGGAGAUUCCGAUGGUCGUGCAGCUGGCUUUCUAUACUGGGAUGAUGGCGAGAGCAUUGUUGAAUCUUUUGAAACCUAUCCUUUCUUUUCAUGGAAAUUCUCCUUUUCACUUAAGGAAGAGCAAGCAACCCUUGUCAUUGAUAGAGAACGUUCAGCUAAUUUGGUGAUCCCCAUACUCGCCAAAUUAGAGAUUUUCAACUACAAAUUUAUGCCAAAAUUCUCAGAAGCAACCUUGAAUGGCAAAAAGGCAAAUCUCAUUAAUGUCGAGCUGUCUCAUUACGAUAAUGAAUCUAAAAUAUUGUACAUUCAUUUGCGACGUAAGAUUGAUUUGGCAGCAUCAAACGCCGAACAUCUAGAACUUACAUGGAAGAAUCAGGUUGGGGAAGACGAGGAAGAAGAGGACGAAAUUACAUCCUCGACACAAGCAAUGAUCAAGAGUACCCCUGCUACCACUGUCACCGGCGAAGGUUUCGAUUAUUAUGAGGAAGAGGGUACUACUACCACCAAGUACAAACAGGAGGAUAAACAGAAAAGCGCUUUGAUGUGCAGAUGUUAUAGUUAUAUCUUGUCCGCUAUUCUUUUUAUCAUUCAAACCUUUUACCAACUUUAUUAA